AUGCAUGAAGUGUUGCGAGUUCAUACACCCCUUGGUCGGAAAUUGGAUGAUUUGCUGGAAUGCAAUAACAAUGAAGAUGAUAGCUCGGAAGGGGUAAAAAAUUGUACAAAGACGACUAUGAUUAAUAAUUUUAAAAUUUCAACAACCGAUGAGACAAAUCAUGCUUCGUCAUCGUCGCCAAUUACUACCACUCAAAAUUUUGCACCUUUGUCUCAGGUCAAUAAUCAUACUCUCGUUCAUGAUGAUCAUAAAUCAUUUACAUCUAUCUCAAAAGAUUUUUUCUCUCUUUGUAUUCAUAUUUCUAGUUAUAUCUGGACAAUGGUUUUAUUUCUGUUAUUUGACUAUGAUCGAUACUACAAAAAUCAAGCAGUUGAGGCUUACUUGGAUCACUACGCAUUUAUACUUGGAAAACAAAAGGCUGAAAUCAUUGAAGACAGUUUGGAAUGUAUUGAAGAUGAGCCAAGUGUAGCAAUCGAGCAACCGAAUUCUUCUCUCAUAAUAAUACUAUUUACUGUGCUAGUAAUUUUUGAUAUAGAGUUUUUUCAUCCUUUAUUCUCUGCUCUGUGUUUGAUCAUACUAUUUUUAUUGGUUGUGAAAUUUAGAGAAUUUGAGAAUACCAUGUAUCUAUUAAAGGAUCAAAAUCAUGCAACCCCAAACAAUUUGAAGCGAGCUGUUCGAUCCAUGCAAGUUUAUUCAAAGAAAUGCACAGAUGUUUUAAAAACAAUCAAAGAGGUUGAACUCACAUCGAGAGGAUAUUUCAUUGACAAUCUCCACAAUGCACCCAUUUCAAGAAUUGAGCUUAAUACUCCAGACAACAUGUUGAGAUGCAAAGAAAUGAGAAAAAACCUCGUAGAAUCUUUGACCUCAAGUAUCAAGUUAAAAAACAGUAUUUUGUACAUUAUUCAAACAAUUCAAGAUAAGGAGAUUCCUCAACUCGAAGAAAUAUCUAUGUUUAUUAAUAGUAUUUCAAGUAAUAGCAUUUCAAUAAUUUCUGAAUUAAUAUCCAUCAAUAGCGACAUUGAUGAUUUUUUAAUUAACGUUCUUAUAACGACGUGCAAGAAUAAGAACCUAAGUGUGAAAUCAAAAGAAAAACUCAUGUAUGAAUUAUCAGAGAAGGGCAAAAUUGGUCAUUCUCUCUCAAUUAAAAUUGUUGAAAAAAUUGAAAAACUUGCCAAAGCUACAGAGAAAUCAGAAUAUGAUCAAUUCAUUCAAUUCAAAAAAGAAAUCGAGAGUUCAAUGGAUAGCAUUAGAUCUUAUCUCUAUUUAAUAACUGAGCAAAAUCAAACAGAAGAACAAUUCCAACAAACUGAAAAUUCACUUUUUGUCUCUAUGAACAAUUUGAAAUAUAAGAUUGGAGAUUUUUGCAAACAAGUAAGCUCACAUAAAUUUCCCAAGCCAUCACAAACCUCUGAUGACAGUAAAGAAAUUGAUAUAUUGUUUGAGGACUUUUCCACCAUUCCCAUCCAAGAAGCUUCCAAAGAAUAUGAUAGAAAAUUUUAUCAUGAAGAGGUUUUGCCGUCAAGUAAUGCAAGCUCAGGAACUGCCUCGCCGAGUGAUCCAAAUGUUAUGAAGGUUUAUGAGUUUGAGAAUGAGACACCAAAAGAAAAUGCUUCCCAAAACUCUUUGAGCCAUCAUGAACCUAGACUAAGAAUGCCACCAAUUGGUAGUAGUACGAACCGUUUAAGGCUUCGCUCUGAUCCUUCAAUAAUGAGUGUGAAAUUACUGGACAAUAACAACUCGAAGGACCAUGACGAGAAUGAUCUUAAUGCCAGUUCUCUCAGUGCGUCAACGCCCAACAAGACGGAAGUUUCACCAUUUAAAAUGGAACUCAAGCAAGUUGUUAUGAAACGAAAACAAGAAUUACAAUAUGUCAAAACAAAGAUGUCACCACCACCAACAGAAUGA